GGCAAGAGAAUGGCAUGUAGAUGGAAAAGUUGUCUGUUGUGUUACUGACAAUGCAGCCAACAUUACCAAAGCCGUGAAAAUAUUAACGUGGACCCAUCAUCCAUGUCUUGCCUACACAAUCAACCUGAUUGUAAGAGAUGCUCUGAAGGUGAUGAAGCCCACGGUGGACAAAGUGAAAGCAGCUGUGGAAUACUUCCACAGGACCACGUUAGGUUCUGAAAAACUAAAGUCUACACAACGGCAGAUGGGAAUGCCUGAGCUAAGGCCUAAACAAGACUGCCCUACAAGGUGGAAUUCAACGUUUUAUAUGUUGAAACGGUUUCUCGAGUCAAAGGAUGCCAUCAUCUCUACCCUGGCCAUUGUCAGUGCACCUGUUGAUCCUCUGACCCAAGAGGAAUGGGAGGUGGUGGAGGAGGUGUGCAAACUCCUGAAGCCCUUUGAGCUGGUUACGGUGGAGAUCAGUGGAGAGAGCUAUGUGACAGCCUCAAAAAUGAUAGUCCUGUGUAAGGGUCUGCAGCGAAUCACAGCCAACCGCCAGAGAGAAGCAAAUGCAACCACCACAAGGCAAGUGAUAAGAGUUGAUGGAAUCCCUAUGUUCAUCAAUGGACAGAAAGUUCCAUAGAAUGGAAUAUAAUCACGUGCUAUCAGAAACAGCUGCACUUGACCCCAGGUUUAAGAAGUUAGCCUUCAGUGAUGCCAAAGCGAUUGAUGAGGCUCUUCAAAGAAUCACCUCAGCAGAAGGG